CGCCAGAUCCCCCACUAUUUAAACAGUCACUCCAGAGACAACUAUAUUGAAGACAACCAACAGCUAGCUUUAAGGGAUGGAAGUUCAGAGGGGGUCAACAAUCAAGGCGAGGGGCCAAUGGGCAAGCAAAACAGAGUUCAUCCUGGCUGUUGCCGGGCAGAUUGUCGGGCUGGGAAAUGUGUGGAGGUUCCCCUAUCUGUGCUACAAAAAUGGAGGAGGUGUGUUCUUCGUCCCCUACCUGCUGUUCCUGGUGUUCUGCGGGAUACCUCUGUUCCUCCUGGAGACAGCUCUGGGGCAGUACACCAGCCAGGGGGGCAUCACCGCCUGGAGGAAAAUCUGCCCCCUCUUUGAAGGUAUGGGUUAUGCCAGUCAGUUGAUCGUUGUCUAUGCAAGCAUCUAUUACAUCAUUAUCCUGGCCUGGGCUCUCUUCUACUUUUUCCACUCCUUCAGCUGGGAGCUGCCCUGGGCCAGCUGCAGAAACACCUGGAAUACAGGUACCUGUGUGGAAUUCGACAAGCAGAACCUCACUUCUAACUGGACUGUUCCCAAGAAUGCCACGUCCCCGGCCAUGGAGUUCUGGGAGAGGCGGGUGCUGAAGAUCUCUGGCGGGAUUGAGGAGGUGGGCAGCCUGCACUGGGAGAUGACGCUGUGUCUCCUGCUCGCCUGGAUUAUCUGCUAUUUCUGUGUCUGGAAGGGAGUCAAAUCCACAGGAAAGGUGGUGUACUUCACAGCCACGUUCCCCUACCUGAUGCUGGUCGUCCUGCUGAUCCGUGGACUCACUCUGCCUGGAGCCAUGGAUGGGAUCAUCUUCUACCUCUACCCAGACCCAGCGCGGCUCGCCGAUCCACAGGUGUGGAUGGAUGCAGGCACACAGAUUUUCUUCUCUUAUGCGAUCUGCCUGGGAUGCCUGACCGCGCUUGGCAGCUACAACAAGUAUAACAACGACUGCUACAAGGACUCUGUGUACCUGUGCCUGCUGAACAGUGGAACAAGCUUUGUGGCCGGGUUCGCCAUCUUCUCAGUGCUGGGCUUCAUGGCGUAUGAGCAGGGAGUGCCAAUCUCGGAGGUCGCAGAGUCCGGUCCUGGACUGGCGUUCAUCGCAUACCCGCGUGCCGUGGCCAUGAUGCCAUUCCCCCAGCUCUGGGCCUGCUGCUUCUUCCUCAUGGUCAUCCUGCUGGGGAUGGACAGCCAGUUUGUGGGUCUCGAGAGCCUCACCACAGCUAUCUCGGACAUGCGACCUGCGUUCUUCCAGCAGGGCUCUCGUCGGAAACUCCUCCUGCUGUUCAUCUGCGUCUCCUGCUUCUGCGUCGGGCUCCUUAUGGUCACAGAGGGUGGCCUGUAUCUUUUCCAGCUGUUUGAUUACUACGCCUGCAGCGGGAUCUGCCUCCUGUUCCUCUCCAUUAUCCAGUGUGUUUGUGUGGCCUGGGUCUACGGUGCUGACCGGUUUUAUGACUGCAUAGAAGACAUGAUUGGCUACCGGCCUUGGCCUCUGAUUAAAUACUGCUGGCUCUUCUUCACUCCAGUCAUCUGCACUGGGACCUUCAUCUUCUCCCUGGUCAAGUACACCCCACUCAAGUACAACAGGACAUACGAGUACCCGGCCUGGGGAUACAUCCUCGGCUGGUUCCUUGCUCUCUCCUCCAUGGUCUUGGUUCCUCUGUGGAUCGUCUUCAAACUCACCCGGACCAAGGGGACCAUACGCAAGCGUCUCCAUCUGCUAAGCCUCCCUGCCAGCGACCUGCCCCUUGGCAACAAACAGAAAGCAUACAGCUGCCCUUGCAACUCUGAGCUUCUCACUGCCUCCAGUGAACAGCACAGGAAGAAUGGAUUGAAGGACUUCAGCACAGAGACAGGGGUCCUGUAGGACUGUGCAGCGGGGAGAGGGGGUCUGAACGAUGCUCUGCUCUGAGCAGCGCUGAGGAAGGAGCCCGGCGUGCUGUGCUGUGAGGAAGAGUCUCCACAGCCUUGCAGAAGAUAUAGUGUUAAAUAACUACGCUUAAUAUAAAAAUAAUAAUAAUAAUGCUGUAUUCAUUACAUUAUACAGAGAAUGCACACUGCUUGAGCUGGCAAUGGAAUCGGACAGGUCAGCUACACCUCAAGUUAUUCAAUAGAUAUCAAAGAUUCAAGAUCCGUGUGCUGAGGGGUAUGCACCGUAUACUUGCUUACUAUCCAAUCAAACACAAUUAAUCAGGAAGAAUCAUCAAAUUUGUUUGUGUCUGUGACUGAGGAGGGACAGUUUGUGCUGCAUUUUCUGAUAAUGUUUCAAAUUGAUUCAGGUGACUGAAGCAGAGAUUAAAAUUAAAUGUGAUGUGAUAUCAAUGUAGCACCCAGUUUGUAAAAAGAGGUAACAUAUUGCAAUUUUAGAAGUUUGUUUAUUUAUGUUCUCCAUUGCAAUGAUAUAUUUUAAAGAGGAACACAACAUUAUAACAGUAGACAAAUAGCUAGAAAUGUGGCUUUUAUCUGAAAACUUCCUUGCUAGCUUUGCACUUGCAUUUAUUUUUGGCUUAAUGUUGAAAAAAAUAAACAGCAGAUCAGAGAA